GGCCGCAGCUAGGGACGGUGCGCCGCAACCCGAGGGAGGUUCGAGUCGCCGCUGCCGCCGCCUCCUCCCCGUCGACCACCGCCGGGCGGACCGCCUCCGCGCCUCCCCGCUACUCCACCGCCGAGCACCGCUUCUCCAGCCCUGAUUGUUCCCCAGAAAGGUCCAGCCUGAUUCGAGCUUCCUGGACAGCCACAAGGCAUGCCUUGGCCGCCAUUGAGCAGAAUAUCGCUGGUGGCCGCAGCGGCGACAGAGUGACGUCUCAGUGGAGAAGGGAGUAUCAAGCGAGACAUCAUCAUCAACCCGAGCGAAGGUCACAGGUGCCGCGUCCUCCUGCACGGCAACCUGCUGGCGCGCUACACACUGCAGGCAGUGGGAGGGCCGAGGAGACCCACCCUCCUGCACGAGGAUGCUCCAAGGAAAUUCAACCAGGCCUUUGAGCUCUUUGAUCCCAACGCCUUCUUCCGAAGCUACUUGGUCUGCCGCGACACCAUCCAUCAGAUGCUCGCGCAGAAGCCGCUCCUCUGCGACAUCGACCUUGCCGCCGACAACUGGGACACCUUCCUUCCCCACGAUCUGGCCACGUUCGUGGCGGACGGAUCCCGCCGUGACACCGAUGAGAACGGCGGCGUCACCCUCCGCUACAACAUGGAAAUGUCUCUGACCAUCCGGGUGGAGGUCAUCUACAGAGAGCCCAAGGCGCUGCUUCUGGCGUGUGACGAGCGUGCCACGGUGACUCGAUGCCUAUUCGCGGCGACGCCGACCGACUGCCCUAUAUGCAUGGAGGAUUUUGUCAGGGACGACAGUGACACCAAUGACGACAGUGACACCACCGUGAGGGUGAGGCUGCCGUGCUCCCACUCCUUCCACUGCGACUGCAUCUUGCCGUGGUUCUACAAGGUGGCCAAGUGCCCAAAGUGUCGCCAUGACUUGGGCAAGUACCUUGUCGCCGCCACAGACACCCCAAUGGGGAAGUUCCCCGGCCUCCCCCAACAACCCUGAUCGGUCGACCCGAAGCAUGAUGUUCCGAGGAUCAAGGGUUCUAACCGUGCUAUCAGGCUAUGCAAUCCUAUACAUGCUUACGAAUCCUGCAGCCGCGAACAGAUAGAGACUAGUUGAUGAUAUAACAUGUAGAGGAUGACUUGUAUAUGCAGUAACUCUCUUCUUAGUAUCAUGUGGUCAAAUGGAUCAUCUUUUGGUAUCUACCGGUCAAUUGAAUCUUCGGCAAAAUCCAACUGCUGGUGUUUCUUCUGGACAGCAAGUGUGUAGUAGGUUUCAUUCAGAGGGCAAAUACAUUAACCUGGAAUUGAAUGCUUAGCCAGGCUUCAGUUGGGCAUUUUUUGCCUUGUGCUUUUGGUUUA